AUGCCAAAACUUUUUCAAGCAUAUGGAUGGAUUUUAACGUUGGCAGCUUUAUUUUUCAUAGCACUAUUGGCGUAUAUCACUUCAUUGUUUAUGAUUGAGGCAGCUUCAAAGUUUCCUGGAAAUCAGCGCUUUCAGUUUUAUGGGAAAAAAUGGUUUUAUAUUGCUGUAUCAAUUUUGUAUGGAUCUAUUACAUCAUGCAUUGUAAUAUCAUUGGUGACUUCAUCUCAGAUACUGGAUCGUUUAUACGUUGAUGUGCUUGGUGGAACGUGUGGAAUUGGCAUGUUUCCAAGCAGCAAUCUAUACUGCACGCAUUCAACUAGUCCAACUCCAUCUCCAUUUGAAUCAGACACGAUGUUCAUUACACUUGGUUCAUUUACGAAUCUAGCACUUUUGGUUCCGUUUACUUAUUUUGAACUUAAUGUAAUAGUACCAAUGCAGCUAGUAUCAGCUGCUGCGAUUGGACUGUUUACAUUGAUUACAAUAUGCACAUCGAUUUCUUCGGGGAUUAACACAAGCAGAACUUUUUUAAAAGUGCCAAAUUUGUCCAACUUGUUUGGAACCAUGUUUUUUAGUUUUGCAUUUUCCAAAGAGAUUUUAACUUUGGUGAACAUUGCACAUCCAAAAGUUGAUUUGAAAAAAUGCGUUGGAUUAUCAACAUGCAUAGCAUGCAGUAUAUAUGUAUUGAUUGGUGUAUUUGGUGCGCUUGGGUUUGAUCUGGAUUCAAGCAAUACCAUUGUUGCGGCAAUGUAUAGUAGCCAACACGAUAAUUUAAUCGGCAUAAUUGUGUUGGAAAUCAUGCUUGUUUUGAUACCACUCUGCACCUGUAUAGCUUCAAUUUUAGUCAACAUGUCCAUAAUUCAAUUAAACCUUGUUACUGGGCAAAUUUGCUCCAAACCAUGGGCUCGGUUUUGGGGUGUCAUUGUGCCAUUGUGUAUUGCUGUUCCGCUGCAGUCAGGCAUUGGAGUUGCUCAUUUUCGAUUUUGGACAAACUUGACGUUUCAGGCAUUGUGCAAUUAUAUUGUACCAUUUCUAAUCAUGAUGAUGCUUUCAAAGCGCAGUCUAGUUAUGAAUCAGUCGAUCAUGGACGAUAUUGAGUUUUUGGACAUUACAGCUGGAAUCAAAAAAAUGUACCGUGAUGAUGAGGAUGAUUUUGAUUACAUUUAUCAUCUCCCAUAUGCAGAUCUUGAUCGGAUAGUCAUUCGCGAUCCAUUCAAACCAUCUCACCCUGUUCAUUCUAAAACAAAAUCAAUUGGCAACUUAUCCCUUACAUCUCGCCAUUCCAUCAAAGCAAUUCGUAGCACGCUAGAUGUGAAUGUUGGGAAACUGUCUGCAUCGUAUCGUGCAGCUAUUGCUUCCCAUAGCUCAUUGAACCAAUCCAAGUCCAGUUUAUCCGAUUUGACAACUGGUCAAACAAGCAGCUCAAACAUGGUUUCAGAUGUGGUGGAUAUCAAUCUAAAAGGAACUUUAAGCAUGAUGAAUAGCACUCUGGGAUUGACGAUGGAUAUGAGCCGAUCGAGUUUGAAGAAAUCGCAUUUGACUGCUGGUGGAUUGCUGAAUCCAAAUCAAAAUGCACAUAUAAUCAGAUCAAAACGAGUCAGUGUAAGCAGCAACGAAACGAGUAGUCGCCAAAGUAAGAUUGGUGGUAAUAUGGCAAAUAUUGACAAUGGCAAUUCCGAGUAUCUUGGUGGUCUGCAGUAUGGCAAUGGUGAAUUGAUGGAUAUUUUUGAGGAUGAAUACAGUCGGGAUGAAGCGAUUCAAAUGGAUACUUUAGCCAUGGUUAAGCCAUUCAAAGCAAUGCCUAGAUGGUUGACUAACAUCAUGCGACCACAAUGGAUUGCUGGAUUAGGCGCUUGUUUGGUGUUUGGGCUUACUGUUCAUUCGUUGAUUACAGCAGCAAUAUAUCAACAGACACAUUCGGUAUAG